GUCAUAUAUGUUUGACGUCCUUACGUUUUAAAUCAUUCAAUUUAUGUGAGGAAGUCGUGUCGUGUUUUGCGGUUUAUUUACCCGUUUUAAAUAUUUAUGAGACGAUUUAUUAAAUAUUUUUGCAAUACGAAUUUGCAGUAAAAUAAUGUGUGUAUGAUUUGUCGAAGGCUAGUGUAGUUGAAGUGUUAAAAACAAGUAAAAAGUGGGCAUAAAUUGGAAAUUUUAAUCGUGUUGGAUUCUUGAGUAGGUAGAUACAAUUUCAAGGAUCAGUUUUUGUAGUACAUUUUGCAUGUGUAAAAUCUAUGGCGUCGUUAUCGUUGCCCCGAGUGCUUCAAUUGAAGAAGAACAGCUUGGAUGCCGAGCGGGAGCAGUUCGAAAAGUUUCAGCAUCACACCCCCGCACGUAACUAAUGCAUGCCGCUGAUUGUCCCGUCGCAGAGUACUAACACGUUACCAUGGCGACGCCGCACGAUAAACGCUUCUAUCAGCUGACAUUAGCUAUACAGAAGGCGAUCAAUGCUAUAGAGACGCCGGUGAAAGAGAAACAUGUCCGCAGCACGAUCAUCGGCACCUUCCAGGAGCAGAGCGCGGUCACUUACUGGAUGGUGGCCAUCCGCCAACCGCUGCAAGAGAACCGCAUCGUGGCAUGGAAGUUCUGCCACGUGACGCACAAGCUGCUGCGCGAGGGGCACCCGGCCUGCCUAGACGACUCGCAGCGGCAUAUCGGCAUGAUAGAAAACCUCGGGAAACUAUGGGUCCACCUGCGCGAAGGCUACGGCAAGCUGGUCCACCUGUAUUGCAACCUGCUGGUGUGCAAGCUGAAGUUCCACGCGCGCAACCCUCGCUUCCCGGGCAACAUGCUACUCACAGCAGACGAGCUUGACGCUAUCGCCGAGAACGAUGUGAAUAAUUAUUUCCAAUUGUGUGUGGAGUUAUUUGAUUACAUGGAUGAGAUUCUUAAUUUGCAAGCCGCAGUGUUCGACAGCCUCGGCAACGCGCGCGCCAACUCCAUGACGGCGAGCGGGCAGUGCCGCCUCGCCGCGCUCAUCCCGUGCGCGCAGGACGCGUCGCAGCUGUACGACUGCAACGUGCGCCUGCUGUUCCGUCUGCACGCCGCGCUGCCGCCCGACACGCUCGCCGGACACAGAGAGCGGUUUCGACAGCAGUUUAGAAAAUUGAGUUCAUUCUACAAGCACGCGAGCAGUCUGCAGUACUACAGAAAUCUGCUGACGUUGCCUGUGUUGCCGUCGAACCCUCCAAACUUCUUGUUACAGAGUGACUUCGGCACAUACGUGACGCCUGUGGUGUCGAUCCCGGAGCAGCCCCCCGACGAGGUCGACACAGUCGGCUCACUCAUCGACACGUCAGACACACUUAGCCAGAGCACAUUCGAUCACUUUGAAGAUUUAGACACCCGACCCACGCCUUCCCCGCAGCCUGAUCCCAUCGUCGAACGCGAUCGUCUUAUAGAUCAUUUACAGAAUGAGCUAAAAAGAAUGAGGACUGAAGUAGCACAGUUGGUUCAGGAACGAAAUUCAAUGCUGGGGUCUAUGAGAGAGCAUUGCAAUAGACUGGAGACGCAAUUACAAUCAGCUAAGACUGAAUUAGAAGAGGAAAGACAGAAGGCCGAAAUGUUAUCGGUACAGACGCCAGAAAUCAAAAAAAAACUCACAGAAACGGAAGAGAAAGCCAAAGUGACAGAUGAAAAAUUCCAAAAAUUAAAAGGAGCUUACACACAGCUAAGAGAAGAACACAUCACCUUAAUAAGACAAAAAGCAGAAGUUGACAAAUUAUCUGCAAACUUAAGAGCGGCGGCAGCGCAACACGAAAGUGCAAAAACAGCUCUGCAGCAACAAUUACAUGACAAAAUGAAAGAUGUCGAAUUGCUACAGCAAAGUGCUUCUUCUAGCGAAGAGAUAGAAGCGUAUAAAUCAGAAAUAUCAAAUCUACGCGCGGAUUUAGAACAGUCUCGACAAACAGAGGUUGAACUGCAAACUCUCAAGGCUUCAAUGGAAGCAUUAGAAAUAGAACACAAAACUGCUAAAACGGAGCAAGUGGAAAAAUUAACAACUGUGUCUAACGAGUUAAAAGAAGCUAAGGAACUUUUAGAAAAAAUUAAACAAGAGAAAGAAGAACAACAAUUGGAAUUGACUAGAGUUAAGGAGGAAUUAGUAGGUCUUAGGCAGAAGAGUGGAGAUGAUUACAAGAAAGCGGUUGAGGAAAAGGAAGAGGCAUUGAAACGUGUCGCAAACUUGACUGAAGAACAUACAAAAGAAAAAGAGGAACUAACACAAUGGACCCGCGAGAGCGUAGAUAAAUUGAAAAUCGAGCUAGAAAACUUACAACAAACACUAACAGAAACCGAAACUAACCAUAUAACUCAUUGUGAUAACCUUCACCGAGAGGUAACUAAUAAAAACCAAGAAUUUGAAGAGAUCCUUCGUAAAAAGGACAUUGAAGUAAAGACAGCACUUGAUCAACUCGCAGGACUACAGACUGAAUAUGAAAAAUGUAAAGAAAGCUACGAAACACAAAUUAAAGACAAAGAUUCAACGAUAGAAAAAUUAGAAGAGGAAAUAGCGGACUUCAUAAAUAUAAAUGAAAUGCUAACAGCAGAUCUAGGAUCAGAAAGGGAUAAUAUUGAGCAAAAUCUGAAAGAUAAAAUACUAGAAGUAGCAAAACUGGAGAGAAAAGUUGUGGAGAUAGAAAAUAUAAAAAAUGAAGAGAUAGCACAGCUAAAAAAAGCUCUACAGACAGAAGUCGCAGAAAAAAAUGAGAAAUUAAAUGAACUUAAUACUAUACUUGAGGAUAAAAAUGUUUUCAUAAAUAAUCAAAAAUCUCAAUACGAGCAAUUAUUAGAAAACAUAUCACAAUUAGAUGCUUCUAUUAAUGAGAGAAAUAUACAAAUUGAAACUCUAAAUUCAAAAUUAAAUGACGCACAAAAGAAUUUAGAUGACCAGAUAAGACAGUACGAAGACAAAUUAAAAGAAAGUCAUUAUGAAAUAAAAGUACUAAAUGAUAAAUUGCAAAAUGUAACUGAAUGCAAAGAUGAAAUUAUUAGUAAUUUAAAAGGAAUAGUGUCUGAAAAGGAUGAACAAGUUAUAACUCUUAAUAUUGAGGCAACUAAACUUGCCAAAGAUGUUGCCAGACUUACAGAAGAACUCACUGAAGCGCAGGCGGAACUAGAAAUAGGCAAAAAUGAAUUCAUAACACUCAGAGAAGAACACGACGACAUUGUUGAGAUAAAUGUUAGCAAUAUUACUAUGAAAAAUAAAGAAUUGAGAAGUCUGCAUGAACAGAUUCAGGAUCUAGGCGAUCGAAGAAAUACUUUAGAAAAAGAAAGAGAAAAAUUAAUACAAGAAUUUUCUGUAGAGAAGCAGGUAUUUGAAAAUAAGAUUCUAGAAGUUGAAUCCGCACACUCAAAGUUGUAUUCCGAUUUUGAAAAUUAUAAAAACGAGCAAGAGUUGAUGACUUCACAAUUGAAUACUCAAUUAGAGUCAUUGACAAUGGAUUACGAGCAAUUAAAACUAGAAAAAGAAACAGAGGUAAAAGCUCUGCAAAAUACAAUAGAAACGUUGGAGGCGAACAGUUCUGAGAAAAUGUCUGAAAAAGACUGCACCAUUAUAGAAGCACACAAAACUAUAGAUCUGUUGAAAGCUGAAAUAAACGAGUUGAAACAAGUAAAAGCAACAGAAAUACAGGAAUUUGCAAAUAUCACAUCAGAGAGAGACAGAGAGAAGCAGUUAAUGGAAAGUAGAUUUGAGCGGGCAGAAGAGAAGCGUUUGAAUGCGGAGUCUGAAUUGCAGGACUUGUUGCAACACAACUCGGUACUUGAAGCCGAUCUGGUUGAUGUUAAGAGACAACUGCUUGAGGCGCAAGAGCAGCUUGAGAAACAAAGGCUAGCCAUAGUGUCAUGCGCAAGCGACGCAGCGUUAGAAAUAAUGAAUGAGGCGCUCGCGGCGCUUGAGCGCUCGAAUGCUCAGGAAACUAACAAAGCAGCGGCUAAGCUCGCCGCUACCAGUCUGAAGGGACUGUCUAGACACACUGAGGUAAAAGGUAACGAAGAGAGUAUAGCGAAGGCGACGAUAUUCGUGGCACACAGUACGGCUCAGCUCUCUGCGUACGUCACCGAAGUGUCGCACAUAUCCACCGAUAUAGAACUGUCCGACAAGCUGAACAACGAAUGCAGAUCGAUGUUGAAUUCAACAAAGCAAUGCUUGGAGUCCGUUCGCGGCGGCAGCGUGCAGACGGCGCAGUGCGGCGAGGCGAGCGCGCUGGUGGCGGACGUGUCGCGCGCCGCGUGCGCCGCCGACCGCCUCGCCGCCGGCGCGCGCAGCGUCGACGACGAGCUCGCCGACAUGGACGCCGCCAUAGAGGACGCCGCCGAGCAGAUUGAGGAGUUGCUGGCGGCGAGUCGCGCGGGUGACUCCGGCGUAAAGCUGGAAGUGAACAGCAAGAUCUUGGACGCGUGCACGACGCUGAUGGGCGCGGUGAAGGUGCUGGUGCAGGACGCGCGCAAGCUGCAGAACGAGCUCGGCGACCCCCACACCAGGCAGAAGAUGUACCGCAAGAACCCGCAGUGGUCCGAGGGGCUCAUCUCCGCUGCCAAGGCGGUGGUGUUCGCCGCCAAGCUGCUUGUCACGUCCGCGGACGAGGCGGUGGGCGCGGCGGGUCGCGUGGAGGGCGUGUCGGCGGCGGCGCACGAGGUGGCGGGCUCCACGGCGCAGCUGGUGGCGGCGUCCCGCGCCCGCGCGCCGCCGCAGACGCCGGCCCUGGCGCGCCUCACGCAGGCGUCGCGCGACGUGGCGGCCGCCACCGGCGCCGUGGUGGCCGCCGUGCGCGCCGGCUCCGCGCUGGUGCGCGACCACGACGCGCUGGACACGUCGGCGCUGACGCUGACGGCGACGCGGCGGCUGGAGAUGGAGAGCAAGGUGCGGUCGCUGGAGCUGGAGAGCGCGCUGGACGCCGAGCGCGCGCGCCUCGCCGCGCUCAGGAAGCGACACUACCAGCUCGCGCAGCAGGAGGAGAAUGGGAACAUGACAAAUGGAAAACAAUAAUUAUGGAACAGGAAAGCCAAGGACUAGAUAGGUUUUUACUUUUUUACCGUUUUCCAUAGCGAUCCUUGAUAUGGUGAAAGUACUGGUUUUGAAUAACAGUAGACGAAUAUACAAUUUUAUAAACGUAUAUGUACAACGAAUUGUAUUGUUGCGCGCUCAAUUUUUUAAGGGACACGAUGUUAUGUCUUCCUGUUAGCUUUGAGACGGCUCAGUACAAUAGAUAAAUUCAUAUACAAAAUAAUCAUGGCAUUAUAAUUAAGACGAGGACAUAACGACUGGAGUAGCAGUCCAAGCUUCAAUUGCGAAUUUAGAUAUAGUUUCUUUGCAGCCGAUUACAAUAAACGUUCCCAAACGCUAACGACAGCUGAAAUUAACCAAUCAGAAUUAACUUUAUUAGAUAUUAAAAUAAACUAUUGCGGAUUUUAUCACGGGGUGUUGUGUUUAAGGUGUUGAUAAUCCGAAAAGUUAAAGUUACAAUAUCUACUUACAUUUUUACAAUUAUAUAUAUGUUUUUAUUUAGCCGGUCUUCUAAGUUCCGGCUGCCAAACUUCAAGACACUAUGAGCUCAUUCUGCGUAGUUCGGAACGACAACAGUUAAAUUUAAAAAACAAAAUUGUAUAAUGUAGGUAGAUAUUGUCUUCGCGUUAACAUAAGAAAUCAUUAUUUGACAUGUUUUGCAGACUACUUAUUCUGAUUGGUUUAUUUUUUCCAUUGAUCCUAAGUUACGGAUGGGAAGCAUUUAUUAAAAUAGACCAUUACAUCGAAUUAGUGUCUGAGGUCAUAUAUGUGAUAGCGUUUAACUCUUAAACGUAGAGAAUAACACCAAUUAGAGGAACAGAUAGCAAAAUGAAAAUUAUAAAUAGUCUUUCGUCUCAGAGGCGAGUCAUGAUAAGGUAUUGGAAAGUAGAAUUAGAAUAGAGUCGCGUGAAGUAAGAUAUCCACUUGUGAAAUUUAUGGAAUUAAUUAAAAUACUAUUGUAUCAAUAUACGCGUUAGGUAUAGCCCUAAAUUGUAGUUUAAGGUACAUGUCACAGAAUAAUAAAAUAUGUUAUUAAUCAAUAUUUUAAUUAAUUAUCCUUUGUAUCUUUCCUCUAAAUUGAGCCAAAAAGUAUGCCAGGCUAACAAACUUAAAAUGAGAAAAAAAAAGAUGUCAUAAAGAAUAAGGCCCUUCGUUGAAAUUUGUUUAGAUAUGACAUCUGUUUAUACUUUAGUGUUUAAGUAUUGUGAAUACCGUUUCUGUACACGCAUUAAAACUAUCAGUACAGAUCAUGUGUAUCAUGUAUGAAAGAACUAAGCUUUAAGCGAAUGAGACUAAGAUAAGUGACAGUGAAUUGUUUACGUACCUACCUUUAUGUAUAGAGAUAUUUUAUAUCAUGGAUUUUUUUGUAAAAUGUUUGUAACUUUAUAAUUUAGCGUGUUUCUGACACUGGCUAGCUAAUUGAGAAGACUAAUUGCUAUUAAUGGCAGUAAUGAAAAUAAUAAUUUGACGUCAAAAAGGAGCGUAUGUUAUAAGCAUUUUAUAUUAUAGUAACCAUUUAAGUAAUAACGUGUGAUUAUUAUAUCCAAAUGAAUAAAUAGUAGUGUUAAUAACCUGCCUCAUUAUUAACGUACAGGCACAUCACAAAUGUUAUACUUAUUUCCGUUAUGAAUCAUUUGUAUUAUUUAUUAAUUUGACGUUUCCUAAUAAAAUGUCUAUAAACAAUUUAA